CCCCUCUUCUUUCUGCAAAGAAAAAGCGGUAGUUGGCUGCUGUUUUCUUGUUCUUUUCUUGUUUGUGAUUUUUCUUCAUUCAGUUCCGUUCCUACCUACGCCUACCUACGUUUCCCAUCCUUCAGCAACCUCGAGCCCGCAACCAACUGCCAUCUCGGAAAAUAUUUUCCAGCGAUAUGUAAAAAAGAAAAAAAAAAAAAAAAAGACGAAAUCUUCAAUCCUUUACCAACUGCAUCAGCGAGGACUAGAACCUGUGGGCCCGACAGCGUUUUGUAUCAUCCUACUUCAGAUAGAAAUCCCUAGGAUCUUCGAAGAGCUACCCUAUAAAGACGACUUAACUUUUGAUAUAAUUUGCAAAAAGAAAUCAGCCAACAUCAGAACUUGAGAAGCAUCGCAACAACGGGCCAAGAUCGACCUAUUCGACCAUUCACGGCCCACCCUACUGCUUUACAUCUUCAAGCGACAUAGUCCACGUCGACAGGCUGGCCAACACCAGCUAGAAGCACACGAUGAACGAACUGGAGAAGGUGGAAAACUACGACGCCACUCACCUCAACUCAAAUGCAACUCAGAUCAACUCACCGACACAUGACGUAGAUAUCGAAAAGGGUCAGUUUAGCGGUAGCCAUGGAGCCAGCGGUUCAACCACGCCUCAGGUUGCCCACUCGGCGACCGGACAGAACGAGAAGGAGAAUGAUUUCGACUCGGCAUCAUCAUCAUCCCAGACAGAAGACGACAUUGGUUUCGCGCCCAUCUCAACCCACCAAACGCAGCCCCCUCACCAACCCCGACCCAUGAGCCGACAAAGUCAUAACACCACCUUCAGCCACAUUUCUCGCUCGCGCUCCAACAACGGCUUUGGCGUAGACGACUUAGAAGACGAAGCUGAAAAAGAGGAGGAAGGAGCCGACGCGGAAGCAGCAGCAGCCCGCUCAGGGGCCGGCGAGACCAUCAAGGACGAAGAAGAGAAGCGCUUCGAGGUCGGCUGGGAAGGAGGCGACGCGGACCCUCUGAACCCGCGAAGCAUGCCGACCUGGCGGAAGUGGAUCAUCAUCGCGGUGCUGAGCAUCGGCUCCUUCGCCGUGACGCACGCCUCGGCCAUCUACACGGCUACGUACACGCAGAUGAACGCCGAGUUCCACUGCUCUCGCAUAGUAGCGACACUGGGCCUCUCGUUCUUCGUGCUGGGGAUUGCGAUGGGACCGUUCUGGUCGCCGUUGGCUGAGUUCUACGGACGGAGACCCAUCUACAUUUGCUCGUUUGCCGGGUUUCUGAUCUGGCUGAUCCCUAGUGCGGUGGCCAAGAAUAUCCAGACUAUGAUCAUUGCGAGGUUCUUUCAGGGUCUGGCGGGCAGUGCGUUUCUCAGCGUGUCCGGUGGCACCGUGGGCGACCUGUUCAGUAGGGAGAAGUUCCAGUUGCCCAUGGCCAUCUUUGCGUUGUCGCCGUUUAUUGGACCGGCGACGGGGCCGUUGGUGGGAGGAUUGAUUAACACCUUCACGACCUGGAGGUGGACGUAUUAUUUCUUGAUCAUUUGGGCCGGGGUUUUGCUGGUGUGUGUGAUGGUGCUAGUGCCGGAAACAUAUCACCCCGUCCUCCUAAAGCGCAAGGCCGUCAACCUCCGGAAAACCACCGGCGACAACCGCUACCACGCCCCCAUCGAGCGCACCACCAAGUCCGUCGCCUCCACCCUUGGCAACUCCCUCAUGCGACCGUUUCAGCUGCUCCUGCUUGAGCCCAUGUGUCUCAUCCUGGAUGUCUACUCCGCGGUUCUCCUGGGCGUUUUGUAUCUCUUCUUCGGUGCCUUCCCCCUCGUCUUCCGCACCAACCACGGCUUCAAUCUCUGGCAGGUCGGACUUACCUUCAUGGGCCUCGGCGUGUCCAUGGUCCUGGCCGGCUGCAUCACUCCCGUCUGGACGCGCGUGAGAAAUGGCCUGGCCGAGAAGCGAUUCAAGAAGACGGGAAUCAUGAAGGGCGAGCCUGAGGACCAGCUGCCGCCCGUGAUUGUGGGUGCCCCGCUCAUCACGGGCGGUCUGUUCAUGUUCGGGUUUAGUACGUAUCCGUGGGUGCAUUGGAUCGUGCCAAUCAUUGGGUCGUCGAUCUUUGGUCUGGGCAUGUCCUUCGCCUUCACCGGUAUCUUCACGUUCUUGGUUGACGCAUACCCGCGAUACGCAGCGAGUGCCUUAGCCACGAAUGCUCUUGUGCGAUGUUCGUUUGCAGCUGCCUUCCCAUUGUUUGGAAUACAAAUGUACGAGAAGCUGGGCUUCCAGUGGGCCACGGCCCUCCUCGCCUUCCUUACCCUGGCGAUGCUGCCUUUCCCGUACCUCUUCUUCGUGUUUGGCAAGAGAAUACGGGCCAGAAGCAAAUUUGCGACCCGCUCGUAAGAUGAGCGGGGAGCAAAACGCAUAGGGUUGAGAGUUGCGAGUGGCUGAAUAAACACCCACCGAAAAUGUUUCUUCUUUCUUUUCUUCCUUCAGAGACACCUUCGACCGGCAUAUGGGACCUUCCGUCCCUCCCGCACCAAGACAAGUUAUGAUUGCAACAAGCAGGAGGAAAUAAGCAAGGAGUGCCAUGUGUCGCUGUCUAAGGCAGUGAAUGGUUGGCACAUAGAGCACCACAACGACGCAGCAAAGCAUAUUACAAGCAUAAUCUGCAUGUCGUCUGAGAUAUUGGUAUAUAAUAGGAAUGGUAAUGAGAUGGACGGUGAAAUGAUGCCAAGACGGAAUGGUAAAGACGAUAGAUAAGCAAAAAGCGAUGAUCAUUCAGGGCUGUUGCCUGGAAAAUUGCAUGCUGCGUGC